GAAACAAAUUCAAAAGUCAGUCGCUCUCGACGGUUUCCGCGGAUGGUUGGUGCCAAGUUACAGCGAUUUGUUUACGAUCUUUCUCUCUCCAAAUGGGUGAACUGUGAUGUGGAUGAUUUUCGUGAUGUGGCCUCGGACCGUUCUUAUGGAUUAUAUUUUUCUCCUCGCUUUCAUCGGAUUUUGCGGAGGCGCUAUCAUGGGAGACGAGUGCGACUGGACCGGGAGCGGAUUGAGCUCGUCAGCGACGGGCAGAGGAGUCACUCCUGUCUACCUGCGCUGUUCGGCUGGAAGAGUGAUCUGGUUGUACCCAAGAGGGGCACUCAGAGUCCUCCUUCGUCUCCCGGGACAAGACCGCGAAUUCCGGGCCUGCAUCAAAGUCCAUCCCGACGAAAAAAAAGAACCGGCGGCCAGGCUCUUCCUCGAAGGGCCCAGAUCUCUUCUACCACUCUACGCGGACCCAGCCAAUAAAGCCAUCAGAUGCUUCAUAAGUAAGAACGGCCAAGCGGCCAUCUACGUGGAGGCCUCUGACGUGGAUGCCAUCACCAAAAGGGUGGCAGAAAUCGAAUAUGAUCUCCAAGCGUUGCCCAAAGGCGUCAAAGGAUUCGACCCCACAGAAGAAUGUCGACCGUGUACUAACGAGGAAUUGGCGCACGCAUUCUGCACCAGUGAUCUCGUAACUCGAGGUGUCAUCCACGGCGUGGAGAACCACGAGGACCUGGAGAUCUCUCAAAUGUCCGUCAAGGUGACAAAACUCAUCCGCCACACCGUCGACGACGCCUUCACAGUCGACACCAACUCUAUCUCUCCAGAGGAGGACACCCCUCUCGAAAAAAUUACACUUCACGUGGCCCAACACUGUGGAGUCUCGCACGGUUUGGGCGAAUUCGUGUUUAUGGCGCGCCGAAAACUCGGCGAUUUGACUCUACAAUGCGCCCCCAGAUUAGAAGACUGGGCUCUUUUGGUCAACCAAUUGUCCGAAGAGGGCAAAGCCCACUGUGUCCUGCGAAGUUAGCCCCACCACAAAGUAACUUAAGUGCGCUGCUGUGAUUUGUUUGUAUGUACAUAGGAAAGACUUGAAUGCGACGGUGCUUAGCGAAAAAUCGAGCCAGAUUGGGACUAGUGUGCAAUGUGCAAUUUCUCUGGUUUUAGUGUACAUAGAUGUGCUCCACAUUGGAGCUUUACGGUCUCUUUUUUUAUAAAACGAGGUUCCAUUAUUGAAUUCUUGGUGCCAAAAUAGAGCCGCUUAAAACUAAUCUACUUUCUGUUGUAUGUACUUGUAAUUACUAAUUACUUUUAACUUUUUUCUUUCUUAAUGUGUACAUAAAGUAUUCAUUGGAUCUCACAUUAGAUUGUGUUACGAAUGCGAACAAAUGAAAUCUUAUUAUUUAUUGUUCCUAGUACUGUAAAAUCGUGAUAAGAUUUCGUUUCGUUGCACUUUUAUUAUUAUAGUUUUUAAUCGUCUGUUGCUUAAGAACACGAAUGCCAUAAUCGUCUUCUCACUAGACAGAGAACGCUGUGAUAUGUAAAAAACUAUAUUUUUAUUGAAUUGUAUUGUUUGCAAAGAAAUAUAUGAAUUUUAAAUUUUAA